AUGGAGACUUUCAAAGCACAGCCUACCCGCCAAUUUAAGCUUAAAACCAUCCUAGAAUGUACAGGUGUGUGCUGGGCUGUCGCAGCCUACGGUUACAGCGCCUCAAUCAUUGCUACUACUUUUGGGCAACCCAGCUUCAUCAGGGCAAUGUGUCUUGAUACUGCCCCUAACGCUCCAGAUUUGAUGGGAGCCGCAAACGCUCUCUUCUUUGUCGGUGGUUUCUUUGGCUGUUUGCUGAACGCUGUAUUGGCGAACAAGGUCGGCCGCAAAGGUGUCAUUGCCAUCGGCCAAGUAAUCUUGUGCGUUUCGACUGCUUUAUUGGCGGGCUCUGUCCACAUUGGAAUGUUUAUCGUCUUCCGCUUCACUGCCGGUUUCGGUGGCUACAUGGGCUUGAUGUCAGCUCCUCUUUGGGUUGUAGAGGUCGUCCCACCGAAAGGUCGGGGUCCUUUAUUAGAUAUCAGCGGAAUUAUGAUCAAUCUUGGCUAUGUCACCGCUUCAUGGAUCGGAGUUGGGUUUUUCUUUUAUGAAGCCCCUCAUGCCUGGCGUGCUCCAUUGGCACUCGGCUGUCUACCGCCCAUUCUUUGCUUGAUCUCCCUCUGUUUCGUUCCUGAAAGCCCUCGACUUCUGAUUCUCCAGGGAAAGUCGGAGCAGGCAUGGAAGAUCAUCUCCGAUCUACAUACCGUUCAUGGUAACGACAGUCUCGCGAGACAAGAGUUCGAGCAAAUGAACAAGCAGAUCCAGUUUGAAUCGACGCUGAGAACGGGUUGGUUGGAAAUUGUCCGGAGGCCAUCCUACAGGAAGCGAGCUCUAAUGACCAUUGGUUUACUUUUCACUGUUGUCAGUUCAGGUGCUCUUGUUAUCAACAACUACGCCACUAUUAUUUACGGAUCGCUGGGAUACAGUCCUCAAGAUCAACUUAUUCUUCAGGCGGGCUGGCUAAGCACUGCAUUCGUCGGCAAUUUCGUUGCCGUACUCAUUGUCGAUCGCAUUGCGCGUCCAAAGCUCAUAAGUAUUGGGCUCGGUAUCUGCCUACUCAGCUUGAUCCUAGAAGCCUCCUUCGUCGCAACAUAUGGAAUGUCCACUAACAAGGCUGCACUUGGAGCUUGUGUUGCAUGGAACUACCUAUUUGUCUGGGGCUUCUCGUUGUUUCUUGAUGGUGUUACCUGGUGGUAUGCCGGAGAAAUCUUCCCAACUCACUUACGAGCACACGGAAUGGCUAUUGGGAUGGGAACAUAUGCAUUGGCAAAUAUGGUCUGGUUGCAAGCUGCUCCAACAGCUUUCGCCAAUAUUGGGUGGAAGUAUUACCUCUUUUUCAUUAUUAUUACCUUUUCAGGCAUGUGUGUCAUAUACUUCACAUUCCCGGAUACUUUACACAAGCCCCUCGAGGAAGUGGCAAAACUGUUUGGCGAUACUGAUCUUGUCGUUGCCUAUCAAGAGCAUGGGCUGGUUACCGGGAGUGAUGAGAAUGGGAGUGAUGAGACCCAGAUGAAACAGGAGUUCGUGGAAUUACAAGAGAAUGAGCUGGUUGAAUAG